GUCAUGAUCAUGAUGCAUGAUGAGUCCCGCCAGGUCGAGGGACCUAUGUAACAGCACAGAUUUUAGAACUGACCGAUCAUCGAUCAUGAAGCAGACCAGUCUCGAUUUGAUUCAAUAUAUCUGUCGAGUCUCCACAUUACUCGAGUCCGUUUCCCCACAAAUUCGGCUGUAGGAAGUUCUAUCCCUUCGAUCAGCUUCAGCAUGGCUGUUGAUCCUCUUCAGUUUCUUUCCCUUAUUGCCUUCCUCUCUGCCCUUGAGGCUCGUGGAGUGUCUCUAGCCACUGGUCUGACCAAUACGAUCAUCUAUUUUCCGUUCAACAGACUAUUAAACGGCUCUUCGUGCGGACCGUCGAACACCCGCGCGUUCGCUUCAAAUAUGGGCUUCUUUGAUCAUACUAGUGAAGGCUUCAUACAAGAUCCUUCCACCCGUGACUCUGGCUAUCCUUUGGGUUUUUCGGACACGACAUCUUCCACUGCAUCCUCUGCUCUGCUCUACCAGUUUCUCCUCCUCUUCUCAGGUCAAUUGGCUUCUAUCUCACGAGACAUCUUGUCGCUGCGUCGUUCUGUUGCCUCGCUCGAGUCAUCAUUGUCUGCAUUCAAAGACGAAGCAUUGCAGACACAUACCAAGGCAUCAUUUGAUAGCGAGGAAUUGGGUCGAAAAUUACACCACCUGUCCAGCAUCAUGACCGUCCAGGAGGGUCAAGUGAGCGCGUUGCGUGACACGGUCGGUACACUGCAAGCGUGCACAAUCCACGUCAGUCCAGACCGCCAAGCACUUGCUGAACGCGUGCGGAGUUACACAGAGUUUGACGCUCCCCAGAAAUGUCUUCGUGUUCAAUUCACUACUCAGAUUCAGGAACACGUCGAGUGCAAGAAAGACUACGCUGCUUUGCGUCAGGACCUUCAAAAACUUUCGGACUUGGCUUCGAUAAAUGAUACUAAGACCAAUGUAUCGUUGGAUCACCUUCGUAGUCAGAUCGUUGACCAGGUCAAAGACCAAAAUCGUACCGAGAAAGAAGUUGCACUCUUGCGCGAACAGAUGACAAGGAAAUUUGGAGCGUUUCAGUCCAGAGUAUCUUCUCUUACAUUAGACGCCGUGAAGGUACAUCAUGGCGUUCGAUUAUCGGACCAGGCUGCCAAAGAAGCUCGUCGGGUAAAAGCGAUGGCGGCGGUGGGCCGUCGUAUCAUGCAGCUUCAAGACACCAUCCCGCAGAAUAACGAAAAUGAUGCGGUAGUUUCGUCCCCGUGUUCUUCACCAAUUUCGGUUGGGCGGUUCCAGGACUCUGACGUAUUUAAGACUUCGUCACCCUGUGUCCAAUGGGUUGGGACUACUACUCCUUCCGACACCAAGGUACCGCAUUCAUCACCCCUAUCUCGGGAAUACAUAAAUUGCAAGGAAAAUGUGGAUGGUAUCCAUUCUCCCUCCACUACUGUUACUUUCUGUCAAGUUGACGCUGAGGCUGGCAUCCUAAGGAGGAAACAGAAAGGACCCACAAUCACUGCCUUCCAACCCAAGGAUGUCAACUGGAUGCCGAUGCCUUCCCCGUCAUCACCAGUGCACGUUAUGAUUGCCACCACACCAGUUUUACGUCGUCCAGGCCUCUCAGCAAUACAGCGUGGUCAUGUCCCUGAGUCACGAAUCUUCAAGCGUACGUACCUAAAUCGUGUUGACCGUCAGAGCAGUGAUCUGAUGCGCACGCACCUGGUGACUCAGAGUACCGCAAUAAGAGCCUCUAUGCUUCUCCUCUGAACGGCUCCGGUGCCCGCAUCCAAGAAUGGAUAUAAGAGCCAAUCUGCCAUUUGUCCAUCCUUCUUUAAAACUUGGUGAUAAAAAGUGUUUUUCUUUGUUGCCCUACGACUCGUUUUUGUGCGCUGCUGGCACCAUUGCCAAUGUCUUUGUACAAAACCUUGAUGGAACCUCGGCCUGCCACAUUAGCAUCAAUUCUGCCAUGCCACGUGGCAGAAUGAAAGAGUUUUGCUUAAGACACUAGCCUGAUCCUCAAAGCCCCAAAGUUCUAAAUGUAAAGAUCUGCUGGCGGGUGGCAUAAGAAGCAAGCAUGACUACAAGUGAGCAAGGUUGCUGCAACAAGUAAGGCGGGAUCAUAUGACGAGCGCGAAGAAGUGCUGGAAGUACUGGUGAAACAGCGAAGGGAAAUAGACCUAUCACCUGUCGCA